UCUCUCUGCUCGGCUCCUGAAGGCAUCACCGCAGUACAAACGGUCAAAUCUUCUGUACAAACAGGCAUCUGCCCUCACGUCUGGGUCAGACUUCAGCCAGAAGCGAGACCUAAGUGUCAUUUAUGGCGACAUCAACCAACUGCCAAACAAGGUCCGUCACUAUGUGGAGGAGAAUGCCCUAUUAUGCAAACCUGACAACAUACACAUCUGCGAUGGGUCAGACAAGGAAAAUCAAAUUCUGUUGUAUAUUCUUCAAAAAGAUGGCAUCAUUAAAAGGCUUCCGAAAUAUGAAAAUUGUUGGUUAACCAGAACCGACCCAGCAGAUGUGGCUCGAGUGGAACGGCUAACUUACAUCAGUACAGAUUCCAAGCGGGACACAGUGCCAACUCCCAAAAACGGGGCAGCAAGCCAACUUGGCAAUUGGAUGGACCCGGACAGUAUGGACAAAGAAUUGAACAUGAGAUUCCCUGACUGCAUGAAAGGCAGGACCAUGUUUGUGAUCCCCUUCAGCAUGGGUCCAGUUGGAUCUCCCUUGUCCAGGAUCGGUGUCCAGCUGACAGACUCUGCCUAUGUCGUGGCUAGCAUGAGAAUAAUGACCCGUAUGGGCAGCCAGGUCAUCAAGGCCUUGGGCGACAACAGCUUUGUCAAAUGUCUCCACUCAGUGGGCAGACCUCUGCCAUUGACAGCUCCACUUCACAACAACUGGCCGUGCUAUCCCACAAUGACAUUGGUAGCUCACCUGCCUCAGAGAAAUGAAAUCUGCUCUUUUGGAAGUGGCUAUGGAGGCAAUUCUCUUCUAGGCAAGAAGUGCUUUGCUCUCCGCAUUGGGUCGAUCCUCGGACAUCGUGAGGGCUGGUUAGCUGAACACAUGCUGAUCCUUGGAAUUGAGAAUAAAGAAACAGGAGUCAAGCGGUACAUUGCUGCUGCAUUCCCAAGUGCUUGUGGGAAAACCAAUCUGGCAAUGCUGACACCAACUCUUUCCAAGUACAAGGUGACAUGUGUUGGUGACGACAUUUCUUGGAUGAGAUUUGAUCAGCAAGGUCGUCUUCGAGCCAUAAACCCUGAAGCUGGAUUCUUUGGUGUGGCGCCAGGGACUUCAAGGAAAACAAACCCAAUUGCCAUGGAGACCAUUAAGUCGAACACCAUUUUCACCAAUGUUGCAGAAACCAGUGAUGGUGGGGUAUUCUGGGAAGGCCUAGAGAAGGAAAUAGAUGAUAAUGUUAGGAUCACAUCCUGGCUGGGCGAUGAAAACUGGCGCAAAGAUCAGACAGACAAGCCAGCUGCCCAUCCAAACUCAAGGUUCUGUACUCCGGCUGCCCAGUGUCCAAUCAUGGAUCCAGCUUGGGAAGAUCCUGAAGGAGUGCCCAUUGAUGCAAUCAUCUUUGGUGGCCGACGUCCAGUUGGUGUGCCCCUUGUGUAUGAAGCAUUAAACUGGCAGCAUGGUGUGUUCAUUGGGGCAUCCAUGAGAUCAGAAGCAACAGCUGCUGCAGAACACACAGCUAAACAGAUUAUGCACGACCCAUUUGCCAUGCGUCCGUUCUUUGGCUACAACUUUGGGGACUAUCUUAAACACUGGUUGAGCUUUGGGAAACAAGAAAACUUGGUCCUGCCAAAGAUCUUCCAUGUCAACUGGUUCCGCAGAGGACCAAACAACAACUUCCUGUGGCCAGGAUUUGGAGAAAACUGCAGAGUAUUAGACUGGAUUGUCCGCAGAUGUGAUGGCGAAGAUAUUGCAAAGAAAACUGCAGUUGGACUUCUGCCGAAAUUUGAUGCCUUGAACCUAGAUGGCCUUAAUGAGUCAGUUAAUCUUGAGGAACUUUUCAGCCUGCCCCGAGACUUCUGGGAGAAUGAGGUCAAUGCCAUCUAUAAAUACUUUGAUGAACAAGUUAAUGAUGAUCUUCCAAAGGAGGUCAUGAAGGAGUUGAAAGAUCUUGAGAAAAGAGUUAAGGAAGAGCUGUAG